AUGAACGAACAACCAGAACAUUAGUCAUCACUUGCUUCAUAUAAAUUUGGCAAAUAAGACUCUUUGCUAAUGCCAAAGUCAAAUUCUUUCCGUUAUCCAAAGUAGAAGAAAACAGAGGAAGAAGAAAAAGAGUAAGUAUGGGGUACACCAAGCAAUAAAAAGAAAGGAAGUUCAUUUGAGAUCACUGGCACAACUGCGGGGUCAAGAAGAAGUAGCUUUUCCAAGAAAUCGAACAGUAGAGGGAAAAGUGGAAUAUGCUGCGAUGACUCUUCAGACAACUUUGGUAAUGCAGCAGCUUCUGUUAGCAAAUAUGACAUGAAAGAAACGUUUGUUUCUCGGUUUAGGGAUGACUUUGACAGACUUAAAUUCUAUGAGGAUACUGCCAUUAAAAUUUAUAAUGAGAUCAGUCUUAGCAAAAUCACUCACCCAAAAGAUUCUGAAUAAUUCUCAGCAGUCUUCAAAAACAAUACCCCUCAUUCUCAAACAUUAUUUCUUGAUCUAGAUGAUACUCUUAGCUGUGUAUCUUUGUACAAAUUAGGAAACGAGAAUUUCUAGGAGGUUAUAAUUAAUGAGCAAGAUGGAAAAACAAUGAAGAUGUAUCUAUAUGUCAGACCAGGACUCUAAAACUUCCUAGAUAGAGUUAGCGAGAAAUUUGAGUUGGUACUAUUCAAUAAUGGGUCUCAAACUUUCACCCAGAGUGUUUACUAAUAAAUAUUAUAAUCAUUCACUAACACCACGAAUGGAGAUUACUUUAGUUACAUACUUAGUAAAGAUUAGUGCAGUAUCAACGAUGGAGGCUAAGAAAUUAAAAAUCUUGAAUUUUUCUGUGGAAGUGAAUCAAAUAGAGACAUUAAGAGAUCGAUUAUUGUAGAUAACAACAUCUAUAGCUUUUAGAAGCAUCUAACUAAUGGUCUCUAAAUCCCUAAAUAUGAGGGAUAACAAGAAGAUAAUUGGCUAGAGCUGCUAGGUGAUUAUCUAAUAGAAAGCUUUUGCAAUUAAAUUCUAAAUCAAUCUAUUGACAGCCCUAGUCAUAAAUCAAUAGAUUUCAGAAAAGUUAUAAGUUAAGAUUUUUGCUUCGACAGAAUUAUUGAAAAUACAAGGACCUCUUACAUAAGACAGCAAAUGACUAAGAAGAUUUCAGUUUAAAAAUUUGAGGAGGAAGAGGAUGAUCAGCUAAAAGAAGGUGGUCAAGAAGAGGCCAAGUGGACUGGUAAAUCUCAGAGCAAGGACAGCGAAGGAAGCCCUAUUAGCUUGAGUAGUAGAUCUAAAAAUAUUAAUGAAUUAAUAAAUAAACCAAUAUCUAAAAUGAGCGAGAAAACCUACAGAGACUGCUAUCUUAGCUUUGUCAAGGACUGA